AUGGAGGGUACCUGGAGAAUUUGUGUUUGUUUCUAUUGCUAUAUUCACUGGCUUUCUUCUAGCAUCCAGUGUUCCCCCCGCUCCAGGGACAGUGCAGUAUCUGAUGGGAUCUCUGGGUUGUUGGUAGCUCCUGAGGAGGCCACCAGUGAGCUAAAUCCAUUGUUGAGGCUGCCAAAAGGUGUGAGACGUGGAUAUGCCCUCCUGCCACCCCUUCUCAAGGUGUUGUCUGACCAGGGACGCCAGAGCUGGGAAAGCGAGGCCCCGAUGCUACAGCCAGACUCCAGAGCCCUCAGGUACAUGAAGAGGCUCUAUAAGAUGUCUGCUACCAAGGAGGGGAUCCCCAAGGCCAACAAAAGCCACCUCUAUAACACUGUUCGACUUUUCACCCCGUGUUCUGAAUGCAAGCACAGCCACAGGGACCUAAUGAAAGGAGACCUUCACUCAGGGGAUUUGCUCUUCAACCUGGAUCGUGUUACUGCUCUAGAGCACUUACUCAAGUCUGUCUUGCUCUAUUCGUUUGACACAUCUGUUCCCACUUCUUCUUCCUUUACAUGCAUGUGCCAUUUGUCUGUUAAGGAGCAUGAUUUUUCUAGCCAAGUAUGUCCCAGUGUUUCUCACACUGUAGCUUUUAGCCUGCACUUUGAAGUUAGAAAACGCAAGUGGGUGGAGAUUGACGUGACUUCUUUUCUCCAGCCUCUAAUUGCUACUAACAGGAGGAAUAUUCAUAUGGCUGUGAACUUCACUUGUCUGAUGGGUGAUCCACAACACAGCACUGAACAGGACAGUUACAUUAAUAUGGCUCUGGUUCCCCCUUCUCUUCUCCUUUACUUAAAUGAUACCAGUGAGCAAGCUUAUCACAGGUGGAACUCGCUUAGACGUAGAAGGAAAAACCCAGUGCGGCCCAGGCAAAGGAACAGUCUGCUGGCUGAUAUUACAGAUGACGAAGGAAGAGAGAAUUCGCAAGGUAAAAGGGCCUCUCGACGUCGAAGAGAUGAGAAUCUGAACGAAGCUCCAGCAACUCCACCUUACAAUCUGAGUGAAUAUUUCAAACAAUUUCUGUUUCCUCAAAAUGAGUGUGAGCUUCACAGCUUCCGUCUAAGUUUUAGCCAGCUAAAAUGGGACAAAUGGAUAAUAGCACCACAUAGAUACAGCCCUCAGUAUUGCAAAGGGGACUGUCCGAGGGUAGUGGGGCACCGUUACGGCUCUCCUGUGCAUACGAUGGUGCAGAACUUAAUAUAUGAGAAACUGGACUCAUCUGUUCCGAAGCCCUCUUGUGUUCCUGCUGAGUACAGCCCACUGAGCGUGCUAACAAUAGAGCCCGACGGCUCCAUAGUCUACAAAGAAUAUGAAGAUAUGAUAGCUACGAAGUGCACUUGUCGGUAG